GCGGGACGGACGGGCCGGGACGGAGCCUCCCUACGGCUGGGGAACGCCGGAACGCCGCCACUGCCGCCGCUCACCUGCGCAGGGCGGCCGGGCUGCCCCUCGCCGCCAUGCAGGAGACUAACGCCUUCCUGCUGUCGGCCCUGCAGCCCGAGGCCGGUGUCUGCUCGCUGGCCUUGCCCUCGGACCGGCAGCUGGACGAGCGUGGCCGGGAGGCGGCCGAGGCCCAGCGGCUGCGCAGCGCCCGUGUCCAGGAGCAGGUCCGCAUCCGCAUGAUGCUGCGGGGGCAAGCGCCCGCCCGCCCCGACGACCUCGCCGACGGCACCAGAGGUGGUCAGUACAGCUCGACCCUGCGCUCCUCCUUCAGCUCCCGCUCCCAGAGCAACGGCGUGGACCCCAAAGCCUCGCUGUACCAGCCGCUGGCCAAGAAGGAUUUCGGCACGCUGCGGGGCAGCGGCUGGUCGUCGCGCUCGGCCGUGGACCUCACCCCGCACAAGCGGGUGGCCACCAUCAGCAACGGGGGCCUGGCCAAGGGCCGCGCCUACGUCGCCGGCUACGCGGCCUCGCAGGUGGCCACCGCCUCGCCGCGGCCCAGCUCCUUCCACGAGCGCAACUUCCGCAGCCGGCAGAACCUGGACACGCUGUCGCUGCGCUCCCUGCGCCUGGCCGACGGGCCGCUCCCGCUCGCCGACGACCGCUACAGCGUCCUGUCGGAGCAGCUGGACGCGCCGGGGCACCGGCAGCUCUACAAGAGCCAGGCCGGCGGCGGCUUCGGCCGCUCCUUCGCGUACGAGCGGCAGCUGAGCUCCGGCACGGCCCCCAAAGCCGCCUGCGACUGGCUGGACGGCGCCGAGGGGCCGCCGAGCCGCACGAUCCGCGCCCCCGCCAUGCGCACGCUGCAGCGCUUCCAGAGCAACAACCGCUCGCGCCUCAGCACCGGCUCCUUCGGCACGGUGCCGGCGGGAGGCGGCGGCGCCUUCCUGGGGCUGGGCGAGCACGGCUCCCGCGCCCCGUCCGUGCGCAGCCUGGCCGAGUCCGGGCAUCGCCUGGCGGAGCCGCGCGCCGUGGAGAUGUACAACGGGCACAGCACGCUGCUCGGGCACCACGCCGCAGGGUUUGAUGACAUCGACCUGCCCUCAGCAGUGAAGUACCUGAUCGCCAGUGACCCCAACCUGCAGGUGCUGGGCGCUGCCUACCUGCAGCACAAGUGCUACAGUGACAGCAGCGCCAAGAAGCAGGCCCGCAGCCUGCAGGCCAUGCCCAAGCUGGUGAAGCUGUUCAACAGCCCGAACCAGGAGGUGCAGCGCCACGCCACCGGCGCCAUGCGCAACCUCAUCUACGACAACGCCGAGAACAAGCUGGCGCUGGUGGAGGAGAACGGCAUCUACGAGCUCAUGCGCACCCUGCGGGAGCCCGACGACGAGCUCCGCAAGAACGUCACAGGGAUCCUGUGGAAUCUCUCUUCCAGUGACAACCUGAAGGAUCGCCUGGCCCGGGACACGCUGGAGCAGCUCACAGACCUGGUCCUGGUCCCUCUCUCCGGGCUGGGGGGCUCGGGUGUCAUCCAGCAGAACCCCUCAGAGGCAGAGAUCUUUUAUAACUCCACAGGCUUCCUCAGGAACCUGAGCUCUGCCAGCCAGCAGACCCGGCAGAAGAUGCGUGAGUGCCACGGGCUGGUGGACUCCAUGAUCCACUACGUGAACAGCUCCCUGGAGGUGGGGAAGUCGGAGGACAAGAGCGUGGAGAACACAGUCUGUGUCCUGCGCAACCUCUCCUACCGCCUGUACGACGAGAUGCCCCCGUCCUCGCUCCAGCGCCUCGAGGGCCACCGGAGGAACGCGGGCGGCACGGUGACGGGGGAGCUGGUGGGCUGCUUCAGCCCCCAGAGCAAGAAAGCCCGGGAGCACUACCUGAACGCGGACAUCGUCACCUUCACGGAGGUCUCCAAGGACCCCAAGGGCAUGGAGUGGCUCUGGAACCCGCAGAUCGUGGGCAUCUACAACCGGCUGCUGCAGCGCUGCGAGCUCAACAAGCACACGACCGAGGCGGCCUCGGGCGCCCUGCAGAACAUCACGGCCGGGGACCGCAGGUGGGCGGGCGUGCUGAGCCGGCUGGCGCUGGAGCAGGAGCGCAUCCUGAACCCCGUGCUGGACCGCGUGCGCACCGCCGACCACCACCAGCUGCGCUCCCUCACCGGCCUCAUCCGCAACCUGUCCCGCCACGCCCGCAACAAGGACGAGAUGUCCACCAAGGUGGUCAGCCACCUGAUCGAGAAGCUGCCCGGGAGCGCUGGGGACAAGGCCCCGCCCGCCGACGUCAUCGUGAACAUCAUCGCGGUGCUCAACAACCUGGUGGUGGAGAGCCCCAUGGCCGCCCGCGACAUCGUCUACUUCGACGGCCUCAGGAAGCUCUUCUUCAUCAAGAAGCGACGGGACAGCUCGGACAACGAGAAGUCCUCCCGAGCUGCCGCCAGCCUCCUGGGAAACAUGUGGCAGUACACCAAGCUCCACCGGGACUUCAAGAUGAAGGGGUACCGGAAGGAGGACUUCCUCAGCCUCUGAGGACACCCUGGGAGCUGGAAUGCCUCGCUGGGAUGCUCCGUGCUGCCAGCCGUGCCGUGGGGAGGCUGCUCGCUGCCAGAUCCCCACUCUGUAGCCAAAUCCCUACAUCUCAUGCACCUUCCCCCUUUGCCAGGUCCCCUUCCCUGGCUGGGGGACACUUGUCCUCCCUCCUGCCCAGCCUUAAAGCCAGCAGCUGCUUUUGGAUCAGCUGUGAGACCCCACUGGGACUCCAGUUAGAGCACCCUUCCCCACUCUCAGGCAGCUGUCUGCAAAACUUGGCUUGUCCUGCAGCUUGACAGGGGGGCAGGAGCUGCAGGGAUUUGGGAAGGUUCCUGUAGAGCAGUUCUGGGGCAAAGGGGCUUUUGUGGGUGCUUCAUCCCAGAUCCCUGGGCCAGGGGGGGUGUCCAUGCCCUGUACCAGCUUGGGAUGUGCUGUGGGUUACACUUUUAUUCUGCCCUGGCUGGGUGGAGAUGGGGCUUUGCAUGGCUUAGGGGCUUGGAGGGCUCUGAGGUGGCUUCCCACAGUUUAUGGGGUGGCACAGCGCCUGCAGGGAGCUGGGAAAUGCUGUGACAGCACUGCUUUCCCCCUUUGCUGCAUAGGGCAGGCAGGGGGUUGUGUCUGAUGGGGCUGCCUGUGCCCUCACUGCAGGAAGACUGGCAGGGCCUCAGGGCCCCAUCUGUCACCCUGUGGGGACUGUCCCAGUGUGACAGAGCCGCUGCUGUCGCUCCUCACCAGCUGCUGCCAGGGCUGGGCCCUGCUGGCGCAGCAGGAUCCGGGCAGGGCCGUGUUUGCUGAGCAGCAUCACCCCAUGGGUGGGGAGAUGUCCCCAGAGCUGGGUGCAGACGGGUCCAAAGCUCUCUGUGCCACUGUGGUGGCUGGGAGGGGACACUCGAGUGGGCUGGGGGUGGCUUUGGGCUGUUGGUGGAUUUGGGGGGUACAGGGCACCCCAAGGGGAUGAUGUAGAGUAGGUAGAGGGGUGGGAGGAUGGGGGGAGUGGGCAGAGGGGCUGGAGGGGCCCCCACGGUGAGUGGCACUGGUGCAGUCACAGCUCGAGGUCACAGGGUGUUUGGCUCUGCAGCUCUCUGUGUACAACUCCCCCAGCCCUGUGUACCCCUGAAAUAAAGGCCUUGAGUGAUGCC